AUGGCUCGGAAAGCGUCAAUAACGGGGGGGACGAAGAAAGUAAAGUUAAAACCACAAAAGUCUCGGGAGAUUAUUCGAAAAUAUCAUGUACUGCUGAAGAAGCAAGCGCAGUUGAAAAAAGAAGGCAACGUCGCUGGUGCGGAUGCAGUAACGAGCGAACUCGAGAAACUUGGCGGUCUGCAAAUGUACCAACAAGCGUCAAUAUCUGGCCAAAUGGAAGCGCGAGGUGGUGAUUCGUCCAAGCUGCUAAUGAAUUGGCUCGCUAAAUACUCCAAGGAACCUGCGGCAGCGCUGCUAGAGGUGGGCUGCUUGAGUUUCGACAAUUAUUGCACGAGAUCAAACUAUUUUGCUCGCAUCGAUCGACUUGAUUUGAAUUCACAGGACCCGCGAAUCGAGCAAAUUGACUUUAUGAAAAAACCUGUGCCGCCAGACCUUUACGAUGUCGUGAGCUUAUCGCUGGUGGUGAACUUUGUGCCUGAUUCAGGACUUCGAGGAGAAAUGCUCAAACGGACGAGAAAAUUCCUGAAACCAGAGGGACUCUUGUUUUUCGUGCUCCCAGAGCCGUGCAUAUACAACUCACGCUACUGCAAUGAGCAGAGCAUAUCCGACAUUUUCAAUGCACUCGGCUAUCGACAGAUCGAGUACAAGCGCACAAGAAAACUGGUCUAUUGGCUCCUGAAGAUGGAAGAGCGGUCGGGGCCGUACCCCAAAAUCUGCAAAACUCUUGUCAAUGACGGCGCUAAGCGCAACAAUUUUUGUAUAGCCCUAAGCUGA